UAACACUUCACAAAAACUAUCAUUUGUAAUACGGUAUUGUGUCAGUGCAAGUACGACUCGCAAGUCGAUACGGCGGGCAAUUUAAAUUUUAUUUGUUUUAUAUUAGUGUUGCAUUUUAUUUUCAACAAUUACCCAACAAUACCUUCGACUAUGUUAAAUGUUUAAUUGUUGAGUGUAGUUUUUUUUUCUUGUAAAUUUUUGUGAUAUUUUUUGGUAGAAUUUUUUUUGCGUAAAAUUUGUAUUUGGGUCAAUUUUUUAAAAAUGAGUGGAGACUUUAAUUAUUUCUUAACGAUAUGUCUGUUAUCGAGCUGUUUUUUUGGUGCAACAUAUUCACAAAGGAAAGUGAAUCGAAAUGCAGCCACCGGCAGUGAAGGUAAACAAGUGGUCGAUUUUGAUUGUCCAGAAGAAUUUGGUUACUAUCCACAUCCAACAGACUGUACCCAAUAUUAUGUAUGUGUGUUUGGGGGUGCAUUGCUUGAAUCAUGUACCGGAGGCUUGAUGUACUCACAUGAGUUACAAACAUGUGAUUGGCCACGUAAUGUGGGCUGUGAUGCUGCAGGCACCUCUGCCGUACAACAAAGUAGUCCAGAUCAUACACCAUCACGUCAACAACAAUCGAAUAGUGGACGCUAUGCGCAAACGCAACAACAAACUGGUAGUUUACAAUCACGUGGACAGACUAGACAACAAUUUCCCACGCAACAACAACAACUUCCAACUCUUCGACAAGAGGAAGAUUAUCAAUACAAAAAGCAAAAGCAACAUCAGCAACAGUUGUACGCAGUUGCUGAAUCCGAUUUACCGCCAGUAGAGGAAAUUGAAUCAGAUCGUCAACAACGAGUGUAUCGUGGCCAACCAUCAACCGUUGGUCAAGUACAACGUGAUCGUGAUGCAUUGCGCCAUACAAAUGCCAUACCCGUACAAAAUAUUCGUAAUUCAAAGAUUGGUGUGAUCUCAUUUGGAACCCAACAGCAACAAUCUCAACAACAAUCUCAUAUUGAACAACCUCAAUACAGAAUUGAACCAAGUACCUUAGCACCUGAACAAUAUGCCCCAGCUCCAAGACCAGUUAGUAUCACAACUGCUGGUAAUUCAGGAAAUACUGGACGUGCCCUAUACAAUACAACAUCCGCCCAAAACUAUGAUCAAAACCAAUAUGAUCCCUACUACGCAUUAUACGAUGAUGAUGUCGAACUCUACAGAGAUGUCGCAGAUUAUGGUCACAAUUAUAAUACAGCACCAAUAAGUGAAUCACCAAAACAAGUAUAUCGUGGAACUCCAGCAACACAACCACAGCCCGUCGAAAGUGCUACCGUAUCUUCUAGAGCACCUGCACAAUAUAUCCAACAGGAUACCGUACCGUAUAAUGUUCAUCCACAACAAACAUUAUACAAACAACAAGUGUCAUCCAUUAAUGACGAUUAUAGCGACGUAAGUUAUGAAGUUGACGCCAAUCAGUAUCAAUCAGCUGAUCGUAAUCCCGGAAGGGGGGAUAGAAAUGAUUUGAGAUUCCCGGAACCGACUACUAAAAAAGCAGUUAAAACCACCACCUCCACAACAACAACAACUACAACAAGCACGACUACGACCACUAGACGACCCGCGACUGUAUCAAGUAUAAGAUUGGAAAAUAUCACAGAGAAUCCAUCUCCUGUUGUAACAAACGGAACCAAUAAACACGAAUCAAUAUUUAUAACACUCACGGCCAAACCACCAAGAUAUUCACCAACACCUUUCCAAAUUACAUCAUCAUCCCCUCCACCCACAAACACUUUACUACAUACAAGUACAAGUACACAACAGAACCAACAAGACGUGACCAUACCGAUUCGAUCUUCGACAGAAAUCGAUUUAGACAAUGAGACAACGAAAAAACCGUCACGAUUUAUAUCAUUGACCGCUGGUUUUACAUUACUUGAUCAUGACAAAAAUGUUCGAACACAAUUAAAAGACCCAGAACAUUCACAUGACUCAAAACAUAAUCUACAAUUCACACAAUACGAUCAUAUGGCAAUUAACGACAAUAUCGAGGUCAGUACGACCGACGAUCAUGAACCGGAAAUACACAAACCGAUUUAUCAGAUAACAAACUUACCAACACAAAAAAACGAAACGAUUACGUUACAAUUAGUAAGCGCUCUAGGAGCAUCCACGGGAACCACUCGUCACACAUUACCAACAACGACACAUUUGUCUGUUACGGAAACGCCAUCUUAUAAACGUGAAAUCGCUACAUCCCACCAUACAAAAAAUGUUAUUGAAUCCAAAACAUCCACAUAUAUACAUCCGACUACGUAUUCCGUACCAAAAUAUUUCCUUGAAGCCUUGUUCCAUAAAACAACACCACAAGGUUUUAAACUCACUCCAACAACGACCAGCACAACGCAUAAACCGCCAAGCACCUCGACAACAACAUCCCGUCCGCGAAUAAUCAAAGAAUACUUUAACUUCGAUUAUUACGAUGACGAAUAUGUUGAGAAUAAUACAAAUAAUACAAUUCCACUGUUGCCAUAUCAGCCACAAUACACUUCCACAACACUCCCAAAAAAAUUGAGAACAAACGAUGUGGUCAUUCUCCCUGAAAAAGUCCAAAAGAAUCGUUUUACCAUUGAACGUAAACCCACAUCCACUGAAAGUAAUCUACGUACAAAUCGUAUUGUUAUAAAUCGUGAAUCGGCUGCGCCAGUACCAGUGCUUCCCAGUGCUCUCAUGAGUGAUGACAAUUUGACAACUAAUGACAAUAACGACGUAAUCACUGAUGAUGAUGAAGUGACCCCGACUACGUCACGUACAUUUACGGAUUUACCAAAUCAUUUACCAAAUUUACCAAUCCCAACAAGUACAACACCAAUAACUAUUAUCCAAAGUACUCAAACAUCCACUACUACAAAUCUCCCACCAGUACCUAGUACAACGAUCUCAACUAGUACUUCCUAUUUAACAUCACUUCCUGGACGUGUAUCGCGGAUAAAUCCCGCCAUCAAGUCUAUAACUACAUUCGGGGGAGCACGGGGAAGUUCCAAAUGUAACGGCAACAGUACAAUUUCUCAUAUUAAGUGCAACGAAAUUCAACAGAGAACUAACGUUAGAGGUCGUGGCUCAGCCCAUUAUACAAGUGCUGGUGAAGAUGUGCCCAUCAAUCGUGGAACACCACCCACACGAUCACGACCAACGUUGAAACCAUCUACAUCGAUUGUAUCAAAGGCAUCCGAAUUUAUUGAUAUUUACAAAUAUCCACCAACCAGACCAUCACCAGUUUACCCAACACCACAAGUUGACAAAAGUGCUGCUAAAUGCCGUAAAGAUGUCUGUCUAUUACCCGAUUGUUAUUGUGGCGGAAAAGAUAUUCCCGGAGAUUUAAGCGCCCAAGAAAUACCACAAAUCGUUUUACUCACCUUUGAUGACGCUGUAAAUGACUUAAACAAAGGAUUAUAUACUGACUUAUUCGAACAAGGACGUGUAAAUCCAAAUGGUUGCCCAAUAACGGCAACAUUCUAUGUAUCACACGAAUGGACCGAUUAUAGUCAAGUACAAAAUUUGUAUGCGGUCGGACAUGAAAUGGCGUCGCACACAGUUUCGCACAGUUUCGGUGAACAAUUCUCGCAAAAGAAAUGGAAUCGUGAAGUGGCUGGACAACGAGAAAUUCUUGCCGCAUACGGUGGCGUACAUUUAGAAGACGUUCGUGGUAUGCGUGCACCAUUCUUAUCAGUUGGCGGUAAUAAAAUGUUUAAAAUGUUAUACGAUUCAAAUUUCACUUACGACUCAUCGAUGCCCGUCUACGAAAAUCGUCCACCAAGUUGGCCAUAUACUUUAGAUUAUAAACUCUUCCACGAUUGUAUGAUUCCACCAUGUCCAACCAGAUCUUAUCCAGGUGUUUGGGAAGUUCCUAUGGUUAUGUGGCAAGAUUUGAAUGGAGGCAGAUGUUCCAUGGGGGAUGCUUGCAGUAAUCCACCUGCUGCUGACGGUGUUUUCAAAAUGUUGAUGAAGAACUUUGAUAGACAUUACAGCACAAACAGAGCUCCAUUUGGUUUGUUCUACCACGCAGCCUGGUUUACUCAACCCCACCAUAAAGAAGGUUUCAUUCAAUUCUUGGACACAAUCAACGCCAUGAAAGAUGUAUAUUUAGUUACAAACUGGCAAGCAAUCCAAUGGGUCAGAGAUCCAACACCAUUAAAUCGAAUUGCAAACUUCCAACCAUUCCAAUGCAAUUACGCUAAUCGACCCAAAAAAUGUAAUAAUCCAAAAGUAUGUAAUUUAUGGCACAAAUCUGGUGUACGAUAUAUGCGUACAUGUCAACCAUGUCCCGAUAUUUAUCCAUGGACCGGUAAAACUGGUAUCAAGAGUAGCCGAAUUGAUAAUGAUAUCGAAGAUUAAAGCAAAUAUUAACAAAAAUUUUUUUCUAAGAAAUAAAAUAAUACCUAAUCUGAGGAAAUCAACCAAUAAUUUUUCUAGUAAAAAUAUAUAGAAAAGCGAUUUUUUACCAUCGAAAUUAAUUAAUA